UUUAAAAACAUCAUUAGUUUCUUGCGAACUUUUAAAAACAAAACAAACAAACUCCAUCCUCUUUAAACAUGUACAAAUCUAUUGCUUGCAUUGCCUUCUUCUGCUUGGCUGCCGUCAGCGCUGGCGUUAUUGAAACCCAUCAUGUUGUCCAGGAACCUGUCCUAACCAAAGUAGGCUCUGUUGUCCAUUCAGCUCCCUCGGCUGUGUCUCAUCAAAGCUUCACCCGCUACCACAACAAAGCUGUAGUUUCUCCUGUUCUCACUCCAGUAGUUAAGACCACUGUUCAUGCUGCCCCCGUUGUUUCGGUCGUUAAGUCCGCUCCAGUUGUCCACACUUAUGAAGCUGCUCCAGUUCAUACUGUACAUUCUGCCCCCGUUGUCCACUCCUACCCAGUGGUACAUUCCGCUCCCGUUGUACAGCAUGUACAUGCUGCCCCUGCUACCUACUCUUUCCACCAUUAAACAAAAUAUAGAUUGGAGACAAAGACGGAUUGUGAUAUGAUUUGUUCAUUGUUAGUUAAUUUUAUAAAAUAAAAAAUUAUUCGAAAAAAAA